UAAUGUAUUUCACCAUGUUAAGCACCGUCCGGCACACCUGGGAGGAAACACGGAGGGGGCGGGGGGAUCAGUGCGGGGCGCCGGUGUCUCAUGCCGCGGUGGCGAGGCCGCCGAGAAUUUGCAUGCCGGUAGGUGACAUGCUCCAUCGCGACGUCAGGUGUGCCGGCUCGGCACCUGCAUGGAGGUACAUGUACAAUAGCAUCGCGCAGUCAAGCACACCGCUCUAACUGCUUGGAGCAGACACCACGUGCAAUCACCCCCCCUACCCCGGUGGCCGGCCCCGCCCCCCGCCGCGCAUCAAGCCAUCAACACUUGCUGCUCGCUCGGCGCUUUGCUGAAGCCGCUGCGAGCAUGAAAACACAGUCAUUCCUUCACAAAAAGGGUGUUCCAGUGUUUCGUCUCUCCCGCACAGACCUCACAUCACAGCAACAAUCCAGCCAAUAACAGCGUUUGGCAACUCGCUAGAAGGUGCGCGGCCGCGGCCACCACCGCUCUGUCCCUCCUCUUGUACCCAGUGUGUUUACACUGGUGCAGGAGACGAGAUGGGGCGCGACACUCUUUCUCUUUGUCUGUUCCUCGCACUGCUGUCGGCAUCGUCUCUCCACGGGGCUAACGAUGACGCGGACGAGGGGAAAGAGACCUGGGGGUACGUCAAUGUGCGCCCCGGUGCCCACAUGUUCUUCUGGCUCUACUACACCACCAGCACCACGGAAUACACCCACAAGCCCCUGGUGCUGUGGCUGCGGGGGCCAGGCGCCUCCUCUACUGGUAUAGGCAACUUCCUCGAGAUAGGGCCCAAGACUGCCGCCCUAAAGAACAGGACCUAUGCUUGGACGAAGGAGGUGAAUGUACUGUUCGUGGACAACCCAGUGGGCACAGGCUUCAGCUACGUGCAGGACCUCAAGCUGCUGCCCACUAACAACAGUGCCAUCGCUGCAGACCUCGUCACCUUCAUGGCAGGCUUCUUUAAAAAGGUGCCAGAGUUUGAAAGUGUCCCACUGUACAUCUUUACUGAAUCCUAUGGCGGCAAGAUGGGGGCACGGUUUGCUCAGGCACUCAGCAAGGCAGUGCAGCAGAAGAAGGUGCGGUGCCAGCUGGCGGGGCUGGUAAUGGGCGAUUCCUGGAUCUCCCCCGUGGACGCUGUGAUGUCCUGGGGGCCGUACCUCUAUGCCACAUCACUGGUUGACUCUGCUGGUGAGGGGGCCAUCGACAACAAGACGGCUGAGGUGGCAGCAGCAGUGAAGACCGGCAAGAUGGCAGACUCCACCAAGCUGUGGGCUGAGGCUGAGGGACUUGUUGAGACAGUAACCAAUGGUGUCAACUUCUACAACAUCCUCAAGACCCCUGCACGUGGCAAUGCCUCUGUCCACCACAACCACGUGCUGUCUGUGAUGGCCAGCAGGAACAAGUACCACUUUAAGUCCCCUGAGCUUGAGUACCUGUACCAUCACCAUGUCGGUUUGCUCUCUGAUGACCUGAGCACGCUGAUGAACGGACCAAUCAGGGACAAGCUCAAGGUGAUCCCUGCCAACAUCACAUGGGGAGGCCAGAGCAAGAACGUGUUUGAGGCACUCUCUGAGGACUUCAUGAACCCUGCUGUCAAGAAUGUGGAAAUGUUACUGAACACAACGUCCCUCAAGGUGGUGGUGUACAACGGCCAGCUGGACCUGAUUGUCAGCACCCCUGGUGCACAAAAGUGGGUGGAGAAUAUGCAAUGGGCGGGCACCAAGCAGUGGGUACACUCCUCCAGGAAGCCCAUGGUGGGAGCUGAUGGAGGGACUGUGGCCUUCUCUAAGUCUUUCAAGAACUUUACUUUCUACUGGAUUCUGCAAGCUGGACACAUGGUCCCACUGGAUGCAGGAGACGUGGCCAUGAGGGUGAUGGAGGAGAUUGUGGGCACCAAGAAAUAGCAUGUGAUUUAUGCCUCACAGGUGCAUGACAGGCCAUAGCAGCCAGGGUAGGGGACUGCAGGUGUGUGUGGUGCUGCUGAGCUGGGCAUUGGGUGGGUAGGGCCAGGUGGCUAAUAUAACAGCAGUAUUAACUGAUUACCUACUUUUUGUAUUCAUGUAGUGGUCUGUCUAGCAUCUGAUUCCUUGGGAUGUGUUGAGCAAACUGUAUCUUGUCAACAUAUCAUAGACACAACAGUGCUGCUCGAGUCUAAACUUAUGUGAUAUUUAAAUAUACAGGUAUAGCUUUAGGGAGUCCAUUCUGGUCAUUCAUAUUGAUGGCUGGAUGAGUGUCAUGUGAAUGUAGGUAAGCACUACUUGUGUACUGAAUGUGAGUUGUGUGUCAGGGUUGUGAGUGAAUGGUCCACAGUAAAAUAUAUGUGUAGAGGUCCUGAACUGGGGAAAGUAAAUGAAAGUUAAAGCUAAAAAUAAUGGCCAGUAAAAUUGUCUACAUAUCAACUUCUACAACAAUUCAGGCACCUCAGUGAUUUAACUUGUGUGACAGUGAUGAUUGGGGUAUUAUAAAUGAUAAACUACUUUAGAAAAUUGUAUGAAUGAAUGAGAGUAAAAAUAGUAGAAGAACUGUCAUAACCAAAUUGGCGGAAGGGUGGGCAGGGUGUGCGGGAUGACGCAUCAGAGCACAAAUUCAAUAUAAAAAAGAAGGUUGUACAGGAAACAAUUGAUUUCUUGUGACAUGUCUUUUCACAAGGAGCAUAGGGCUGGAAACAAGCACCUGCAGGCAAAGGUGUCUUGUAUGUAGCUUGCUUGUUAAUGCUUAUGGCAGAUGGAUGAUCAAUGUGGUUACUUUGACAUAUUAUGCAUUAAUAGUGUAUGGAUAUUGUUUAAUAAAGGAAUUAUAGUAGAA